CUGAGUUGGACCGGGCUGUGUUCAGCGGGGAGGAUGGAGUACAUGCUGUGUCUAUGGGCACUAUGGGCUGUGCUGGGUUGUUCAGAAAUGGUGAAUCUUCCCCAUGUUCAGACAUAUGAAACAGUGAUUCCUCGAAGGUUGCACCAAGUCUUUUCAAAGAGGGAUCUCCAUGGUUCAGGGGUAAAGAAACUGCAUCCAGAACAUGCCCAAUACACACUAACAGUGGAAGGAAAGAACUACACACUGAAGCUGCUAAAAAACAGAGAAUUGCUGGCAAAACAGUUUACAGUAACAUACUACUUGGAUGAUGGGACAGAGGUGGCAGACACUCAGGAUGGGCAGGAUCAUUGCUUUUAUCAUGGACAUGUGGAAGGACAAAAUGACUCAUCAGCCAGCAUUAACCUCUGUAAAGGAAUAAACGGGUUUCUGCAGGUGGAUGGGCAGAUGUACUUAAUAGAACCUCUCCCAGGAUCUGAUGAUGACCAAGGUGCACAUGCUCUUUAUAAGCAUGAACAUCUGCGCAUGAAGAGAGGAACUUGUCAAGGCAGCAACACCAGCACUGUGUAUGACUAUGGACCAAGGGUGGCCACAAUGCUGAAGCCCCAGCCAUGGCGAUCUGCCCCACUACAAACUGGUACCAGAUAUGUGGAACUGUUCCUUGUAGUAGACAACAAUGAGUAUUUAAAGUACAAGGAUAUGCCUACAGUACAACACCGCAUGAAGGAGAUUGUCAAUCAUGUAGACAAGCUGUACCGCUCUCUAAAUUUCCGAGUCGCUCUCAUUGGUAUGGAAGUUUGGACCAAACGAGACAAAAUUGUAGUAAGCCCCAAUGCCGGUGUGACCUUGGAUAAUUUCCUGAGCUGGCGCAAGAGUGAUCUUCUUCGAAAGAAAAUGCAUGAUAAUGCCCAGCUUGUUACUGGAGUGGACUUUGAAGGGAGUACUGUAGGUCUAGCCACCAAACUUGCAAUGUGUACAGGGGAUUCUGGAGCUGUUAAUCAAGACCACAGUACAAACCCCAUUGGCGCUGCUUCUACCAUGGCACAUGAAAUGGGGCACAACCUUGGUAUGUCUCAUGAUGAAGAUGUAGCCCAGUGUACCUGUGCAGUUACCCGGGACAAAGGAGGCUGUGUCAUGUCAAAGAGUGUUGGCAUAGUGUACCCCAAGAUUUUCAGCAGCUGCAGCCGACAGGACCUGCAAACUUUUCUGAGUGAUGCCAGCCCUACCUGCCUAUUUAAUGCCCCUGAUAGCACCCAGCUAUUUGGGGGUCCAGUGUGUGGAAAUGAAUUUGUGGAGAGCGGGGAGGAAUGUGACUGCGGAUCCCCUGAGGAAUGCACUAACCCAUGCUGUAAUGCUACAACAUGCAGACUGAAAGAGGGAGCCGAGUGUGCACAAGGAGAGUGUUGCCGGCAGUGCAAGAUUCGACCAGUUGGUGAAAUGUGCCGCAAGAGAAAGGGAGAUUGUGAUCUUCCAGAAUAUUGCACAGGGAUAUCUGCUCAAUGUCCAGAGGAUGCCUUCCAGGAGAAUGGACUUCCAUGUCCUUCUGGCAAUGGCUACUGUUAUAAUGGAGCAUGCCCUUCCCUUGGUCAGCACUGUAAGACUCUGUGGGGAUCAGAUUCUCAGGUUGCGCCUGAUGAAUGCUUCAAGAGCAACGUCCAUGGAAAUAAGCACCUGCAUUGCAAAAAAACUGAGCGUGGAUACAGUAGCUGUAAAACAAAGGAUGUCAAGUGUGGCCGACUGCACUGUGUAAGAGGAUCGGAAUUCCCUAUAACUAACAACAAAUACGUGAUCAAAUUGCUUGGUGGACAGGAGUGCAAAGUGGCUGAACUGUCUGAUCAGGAAAGUGGAGUAACAGCUGACCCUGGAAUGGUGCCCACUGGCACUAAGUGCAGCAUGGGAAUGGUCUGCUAUGAAGGGGAAUGCCAAGAUUUAUCGGUGUAUGGAGACAAGAAUUGUUCUGCCAAGUGCAACAAUAGAGGGGUCUGUAACCACAAGCGACAGUGUCAUUGUGACCCUGGAUGGGCACCACCAUACUGUAACCACAAAUUCACAGAAAACACUGCAGAUCCGAAUAGAGUGCUGCUUAUUGUUGGGAUUCUGGUCGCAGUUUGUUUUUUUGCUGUGCUGGUUGCUGGGGCAAUGUUCUACUACAGGAAGAAACAGAGGAAAUUUCCACAGAAAAGAAUGGUCACACCCGGGUCAGGCUCUGGGUUAUCAAAUCCUUUGUUCCAGGAGAGCAUGAGCAACAAACUGUACAUCAAGAAGGAUUCCCCCAGUCCCUUGAUUGGACGUCCAAAACUCAUUGCCAGCACCUCUAAUUUACAAGACUCCCGAUCUGCAUUCAUUACUAUAGUUCCCAGUGAAGAUACUGAACAGACACCUUCAUUUAUCUCUACUUCCCAACCAAGAGUACCGAUGGCUGUUCCCAGAUCCCCUCAGGUGACAAAGCCUCCAGCAGCCCCACCUGGACCUUCU